AUGGAAAUCAAACAGGAACCACUUUCAUUGCCAUCAUCAUCAUCAUCAUCAUCAUCAUCAUCAUCACCAUUUGUUCAAUAUCACAAUCAAUCAAAUAUAAAAACUGAAGGUAAAGACUCAUCAAUAAUUGCAACUAUAGUCUCCGAUAAUAAACCACAAAUACAUGCACUCAAUCAAUAUGCAUUACAACAAAAAGAACAAGAAUUUCGUAUUAGGAAAGAAGGAUAUGGAAGAUAUAGAAUGACACAAUGGGAAAUUGAUCAAGAAGCAGCAUGGGAUAAUUAUGAGCAAGAACAACUCAUACCGUAUGAGAAAUGGUUAGAUCUUGAGAUACAAUGGAUGGAAAAUGAUUACAAAGAACAUUUACAACAGAUACAACAGAUAGAAGAAUUAAUGGAGCAAAAAGAACAGCAAAGAGGAAUGGAAAACUUCAACCAAUUAGAAGAUAAAAUACAAGGAGAAGAUAUGAUUCUACAACAUCUAGUAGGACUUAUUGACAAUCAGUCUGUAUCAAUUAAAAAUGAUCAAUGA